AUGUCUCUGGUCAACCUCGCCCACGUCUGCUCACACAUGCAGAACGCCUCCCUCGCCCGCCUAGGUCUCACAUCAAUCCCCUUAUCACGCAUGCACCUCUCCCUCUCUCUUUUGCUCCAAAAGCAAGGUUUCCUCAGCACCGUGACCCUCGGCGGUCCCACACCACCCGCAAAACUACUCCCUCCCACCCACGCCGACGAAUCCACAAAAUCAAUCCUUGAAGAGGUCGAAGAGGUCACACAGCAGAACCGCGCUUCCAGAAGGCUAUGGCUGGGCAUGAAGUACUGGGACGGCGAGCCCGUCUUGCGCAAGAUGAAGUUGUUGUCAAAGCCUACGAAGCGCAUUUGGCUGAGCAGCAAUGAGUUGGGCGAGAUUGUGAGAGGCAAGGAUUGCAAGUUUGUUAGGGGGUUGAGACAAGUCGGCGAGUGCAUUUUCGUUAGCACUGAUAAGGGAAUCAUGGAGGCAAGAGAGUGUGUCGAGAGAAAGAUUGGUGGUCAGGUCCUUUGCCGCGUUUGGUAA